AUGUCUCACUUCAUCUUCGUCAACUCCAAAGAAGACGUACCCGGCGGCGAGAUCCUUCCAGCAGAAUUCUCGAUAAAAGCACACCCUUCAACAGACAUCUGGUCCAAGCCCCCAGACACCCAAAGCUUCACGGCCCCCAUCUUGUACCAGCCCGUCCCACUGCAAUCCUUCAAGCGGGUGCGCGUCGCCUUCAACGCCCAGUGGAAGCACAAGUACGACCAAGGUGGUCUGGUAAUCGUUCUUCACAAAAAGGACGGCAGCCACAAGUGGGUGAAGGCCGGCAUUGAGCUCACCCAUGGGAAGCCGCACCUCAGCGCCGUCGCCAAAGACAACUGGGCGGACUGGAGCUUGCUUCCCGUGCCUUCUGGCGGCGGAGCUGCGACCCUGGAGAUGGUCAGAGAGGCGGAUGAUAGUCUGUGGAUUUAUCUGGUCGAGGGCGUGCAGAAGUCCCCAAUCCGCGAGGUCACCUGGAUUUUCCAGGAGAACGUGCAGGAGUGCUGGGUUGGUGUGUAUGCGGCUCGGCCGGCUACGGAAGGCGGGGAGCUGAAGGUCAACUUUGGACACUUGAUUAUAGACUUGAAAUGA